GCGGAAUGCAGAGAACUCGGGUUCUCCACGGAGCUUGGGAACUCUCGGCUGGGGGAACCCACAUCGCUAGGGCCCUGUUUCCGCGGCUCAGCCGGCGCUCAGCCCACCGGAAAUGGCGGAGCCGGAGCUCUUUGUGCGAAGCGAGUUGAAUCACCCUGGCGACGGGAGGGGCGCGGAGCAACGCCCUUUCCGCCGGAAGUGGGUUUCAAAGUCUCCACGUGCUGUCCCUCCCCCUCCCGGCCUGGUAGCGGCGGCUCCGCUGCUGCCAUGGAGCCGGCCGGCCUGGAGCAGAUCCUGCGGGAGCUGCUGCUGCCAGACACCGAGCGCAUCCGCCAGGCCACCGAGCAGCUCCAGACCGCUCUUCGGGACCCCGCCGCCCUGCCCGCGCUCUGCGAUCUGCUGGCUUCGGCGCCCGACCCUCAGAUCCGCCAGUUCGCGGCCGUUCUGACCCGCAGACGACUGAACACCCGCUGGCGACGGCUGGCGGCGGAGCAUCGGGAGAGCCUCAAGUCCCUGGUCCUGGUGGCCCUCCAGAGAGAGACAGAGCAUUCUGUGUGCCUUAGCCUGGCCCAGCUCUCAGCCACCAUUUUUCGAAAGGAAGGCCUGGAAGCCUGGCCUCAGCUCAUGCAGCUUCUUCAGCACAGUACCCACAGCCCCCACAUCCCGGAGAGAGAGAUGGGGCUUUUGCUGCUAAGUGUGGUAGUGACCUCCCGGCCUGAAGCCUUCCGACGCCACCACCGGGAGCUUCUUCGGCUUCUGAAUGAGACCCUGGGUGAGGUGGGCUCUCCCGGGCUCCUCUUCUACUCCCUGCGCACUCUGACCACCAUGGCCCCUUACCUCGGCACUGAUGACGUGCCUCUUGCACGGAUGUUGGUGCCCAAGCUCAUCGUGGCUGUGCAGGCUCUGAUCCCUGUAGAUGAGGCAAAGACCUGUGAGGCCCUGGAGGCCCUGGAUGAAUUGCUGGAGUCAGAGAUGCCCAUCGUCACCUCCCACCUCUCAGAGGUCCUCACCUUCUGCCUGGAGGUGGCUAGAAAUGUGGCCCUGGGCGAUGCAAUACGUGUGCGAAUUCUCUGCUGCCUCACUUUCUUGGUCAAAGUCAGGAGCAAGGCCUUACUGAAGAAUCGUCUUCUGCCAUCCUUGCUGCACACCCUUUUCCCCAUCAUGGCUGCCGAGCCCCCGCUAGGCCAGCUGGAUCCUGAGGACCAGGAUUCGGAUGAGGAAGAGCUGGAGAUUGGCCUGGUUGGGGAGACUCCCAAGCACUUUGCUGUACAGGUUGUGGACAUGUUGGCGCUACAUUUGCCCCCCGAGAAGCUCUGUUCCCUGCUGAUGCCCAUGCUGGAAGAGGCCUUGCGGAACGAGAACCCCUACCAGCGCAAGGCUGGGCUCCUGGUGCUGGCUGUGCUGUCUGACGGAGCUGGCGACCACAUCAGGCAAAGACUGCUGCCGCCACUGCUGCAGAUCGUGUGCAAGGGCCUGGAGGACCCAUCACAAGUUGUACGCAAUGCUGCGCUGUUUGCCCUGGGCCAGUUCUCAGAGAACCUACAGCCCCACAUCAGCAGCUAUUCAGGGGAGGUGAUGCCACUGCUCCUCGCCUACCUGAAGUCAGUGCCUCCCAGGCAAACACAGCACCUAGCCAAGGCCUGCUAUGCCCUGGAGAAUUUCGUGGAGAACCUAGGGCCUAAAGUGCACCCCUACCUUCCGGAGCUUAUGGAGUGCAUGCUGCAGCCUCUGAGGAGCCCCAGCAGCCCCCGGGCCAAGGAGCUGGCUGUGAGCGCCUUGGGGGCCAUUGCCACGGCUGCCCAGGCCUCCCUGCUGCCCUACUUCUCCACCAUCAUGGAGCACCUGCGGGAAUUCCUGCUGACAAGCCAUGAGGACCUCCAGCCUGUGCGGAUCCAGAGCCUGGAGACACUGGGGGUGCUGGCACGAGCAGUGGGGGAGCCCAUGAGGCCCCUGGCUGAGGAGUGCUGCCUGCUGGGGCUGAGCCUGUGCGACCAGGUAGACGACCCUGACUUGCGGCGCUGCACGUACAGCCUGUUUGCAGCCUUGUCAGGGCUGAUGGGUGAGGGCCUGGCACCCCACCUGCCACAGAUCACCACGCUCAUGCUGUUGUCGCUGCGUUCCACCGAGGGCAUUGUGCCUCAGUAUGACGGAAGCAGCUCCUUCCUUCUGUUUGAUGACGAGAGUGAUGGGGAGGAAGAGGAGGAGCUCAUGGACGAGGAUGAGGAAGAGGAGGAAAACUCAGAGAUCUCAGGGUACAGUGUGGAGAACGCCUUCUUCGAUGAGAAGGAAGACACCUGUGCUGCCCUGGGGGAGAUCUCUGUGAACACCAGUGUGGCCUUCCUCCCCUACAUGGAGAGCGUCUUUGAAGAAGUAUUCAAACUGCUGGAGUGCCCUCACCUGAAUGUGCGGAAGGCAGCCCAUGAGGCCCUGGGUCAGUUCUGCUGUGCGCUGCACAAGGCCUGUCAAAGCUGCCCCUCAGAACCCAACACUGCUGCUCUGCAGGCUGCCUUGGCCCGGGUGGUACCGUGCUAUGUGCAGGCAGUGAACAAGGACCGGGAGCGCCAGGUGGUGAUGGCUGUGCUGGAGGCCCUGACGGGGGUGCUGCGCAGCUGUGGGCCCCUCACACUACAGCCCCCUGGGCGCCUUGCUGAGCUCUGCAGCGUGCUCAAGGCUGUGCUGCAGAGGAAGACAGCCUGUCAGGACACUGACGAGGAGGAGGAGGAGGAGGACCAGCCCGUUCUGGCCCCACAGGCUGAAUACGCCGCCAUGUUGCUUGAGCAUGCUGGCGAGGCCAUCCCUGCCCUGGCAGCCGCGGCUGGGGGAGACACCUUCGCCCCCUUCUUUGCUGGCUUCUUGCCGUUAUUGCUAUGUAAGACGAAACAAGGCUGCACAGUGGCAGAGAAGUCCUUUGCAGUGGGGACGCUGGCAGAGUCCAUUCAGGGCCUAGGCACUGCCUCAGCCCAGUUUGUGUCCCGGCUACUCCCCGUGCUGUUGAGCACCGCCCGGGAGGCAGACCCUGAGGUGCGGAGCAAUGCCAUCUUUGGGCUGGGUGUGUUGGCAGAGCAUGGGGGCCGCCCUGCCCAGGAGUAUCCUUGGCUUGCCAGACACUUCCCCAAGCUGCUGGGGCUCCUGUUGCCCCUCCUGGCCCGGGAGCGCCAUGAUCGUGUCCAUGACAACAUCUGUGGGGCACUUGCCCGCCUGCUCAUGGCCAGUCCCACAAGGAAACCCGAGCCCCAGGUGCUGGCUGCGCUUCUGCAUGCCCUGCCACUGAAGGAGGACUUGGAGGAGUGGGUCACCAUAGGGCACCUCUUCAGCUUCCUGUACCAGAGCAGCCCUGACCAGGUGGUAGAUGUGGCUCCUGAACUUCUGCGCAUCUGCAGCCUCAAUCUGGCUGACAACAAGAUCCCACCAGACACCAAGGCUGCACUGCUGCUGCUCCUGACGUUUUUGGCCAAACAGCACGCUGACAGCUUCCAUUCGGCACUGGGCUCACUGCCUGGUGACAAGGCUCAGGAGCUCCAGGCCGUCCUGGGCCUCACCUAGACUGGGGGCUGCAGCCGGGCCAGAGAGAACAGAGCCCACCCAGGCCCCAAGACCACCUCUCAGCCCAGUUCCAACUUACACCUUACCAAAGAUUCUGACCUCAUACCCACUUGGAGUCUCAGCCCUGUUUGCUGCCUUAUGGGGGCGUCUCUGGGACUGGAUCUGUUAUGCUGUGGGACAAUCCAAAUGGAGCUGUGACAUCACUCUGUAAUAAAGGUAGUUCAUGUUCUGUA